AUGGCUCCUCAGGUCUUCAUUACGGGUAGCACCGGUUACAUUGGUGGUGAUGGCCUUUACGCCAUCGCUAAUGCCCACCCUGACUGGGAGCUUUCAGCUCUGGUCCGUAGCAAAGACAAAGCCACUGUGCUGUCCAACAAGUACCCCAAGAUUCGGGUUGUACACGGCGAUUUGGACUCAAGUGAUAUCAUUGAGGCAGAGGUCAAAAAGGCCGAUAUUGUUUUCCACUUCGCUGACUGCGAUCAUGUCGCUGCUGCUGAGGCUAUUGCUGCAGGCGCCAAGCACCACACCCCCGAGCGCCCACUUUGGUUGAUCCAUACAUCAGGAACUGGUAUCUUGACUGUAGAAGACCAGCGUGCGAAGACAUAUGGUAUCGAGCGCCCUAAGGAAUACAAUGACUGGGAUGGCGUUAGUGAACUUGUCAACCUCCCCUCUGACGCAUUCCACCGCAAUGUGGACGAGAUCAUCAUCAACAUUGGCAAGCAAAACCCCACCAGCGUCCGUACAGCAAUCGUCUGCCCACCGACUAUCUACGGCCAAGGCCGUGGGCCCGUCAACACCAAGAGUAUCCAAGCUUAUCUGCUAGCUGCGGCUGUUCUUAAGCGCGGAAAGGGAUUCCUUGUUGGCAAGGGCGAGAACGUCUGGCACCAGGUCCAUGUUCAGGAUUUGAGCAAUGUUUAUCUCGCAUUGGGUGAUGCAGCUUCCGAGGGUGGUGGUAAGGCUACCUGGAAUGACGAGGGAUACUACCUGGCUGAGAAUGGUUCAUUCGUCUGGGGUGAUAUUCAGCGUGCGGUUGCUCAGGCUGCUUUUGAGCAAAAGUAUAUUCCCUCCCCCGAGGUUGAGUCUUUGGAUGGUGAGCAGACUACGGAGGUCUUGUCGGUUGGUAUUUAUGCUUGGGGAUCCAAUUCUCGUGGUCACGCUCUGCGGGCACGAAAGCUGUUUGGAUGGGAGCCUAAGCAGCCGAAGUUGAUUGAGCUGAUUCCUGAGAUUGUUGCCCUUGAGGCUAAGGAACUUGGGCUGUGA